CUUGACAUAAAAAUCUAACUGAUCUUUGCAACGAUGACUCUAGCCAUAAAAGUCAUCAUCCUCUUCGUAUUGGUUGAAUCUUCAUGGGAGUAUGUUGUAAAUUCGUUUGCCGAGGAAAACCAAAUCAAUCAAGGUAAGUCAGAGAUUGACUUUCGAGAGAUGAUUCGAGAAUGGCAACAAGAAGCAGAGCAAAAAUAUCCACUUUGGACAUCGACCAAUUACAUGGAGCGAUCUUUAUUCUUACAAGAGACUCGAAGUUAUGUUCAGCUUUGGGGGAGGCGGAAAAAUCAUAUUGGAUAUCCAUUAGGUGACUUGCGAAACAAGCUUCAAGGUGACUUGUGGCCAAUAGAGUAUGGUGAUCAAUGUCGUCAUCGUCAAUAUGAUGGUACAAAUAUAUUGACGUAUCUUAUAUAUGGCUUUAGUGCAGAAGCUGACGUAUAUUCUAUAAGGCCAAUGUUUUAGUUCCUUCGAUCUUGACGGUCUAUGGGGUUUUGGUUUGAUUCUUUCCUUUGGCUCUGUCCGAAAAUAAAUAUUUAUACGAACAUGGUUUGGAAAGAGACAAUAAGAAACGUAUUGGAAAUAUGGUGAAUUUGCGAAAUAGCUAAAUUUGGAAAGAUAAUUAAGUGCAGGUCACUAAUUUUGAUAUAAUUAGGCAACUAUCAAUUGUGUCUCUUUUGAUCCGGUUUUAACUCUUUCUCGUACAAGUAGCAGGUGAAAGAGAAGAAGGUGAGAUGACGUAGACAACGAAAAAUAUGGCUAGUAUUAUAGCAAAUAAUAUAUGGCCAGGAGUGGAGAAAAAGAGACAUCCACGUUACAUAUUUAUUGACUACAUAUGCAUGUACUGAAUGUUAUAUUCCAUAUCACACGAAAUAGUACAAAUGGACUAAAACCACAUCCAUAAUCCUUAAAUACUAAACACUAUUCAAACUCCUAAAUACUGAAUACUGAAUCAUAAAUCAUAAUCCAAAUAUAAAUUAUAAUUAGGUGACUAAAUGAUACUAAAAUAAUUAGAUAAAAUAUAAGACUUUUCAAUAAAGAAUGUAUUCCAUAUUAACCCAAUACACAACUUUUAAAUACUAAACACAAACCAAACUUUAAAAUACUAAAUCCAAAUAUAAACCUUAAUUAUCAACCCUAAAUUCAAUUAUCAAAAUAUGAAAAUAGUAUAAUAUUAAACUAAAUCCAUGCCUAACUUUUAAAUAAUGUAGGGCUCUAACCCAACACACAACUUCUAAAUCCUAAUUACAGACCUAAUUUUUGAAUACUAAACCCUAAAUUGCUAUCACUAAACCCAAACCUCAACUUAUAUUUUUAAAAUACUAAACUCUAAAUCCUAAUUACUAAACCCUAAAACCAAAUAUAGACCCUAAAACCCAAAUAUAAUGGAACAAAAUAUAUAGUAUAAUACAUAUU